AUGGGCAAAGAAUUCCCCAAAAAUGAUGGCUUUUUGCGUCUCGGCGAUUUCAACAACUCUUUCGGUAUUAUGCUCAUUGCAGUACUUUUGUAUACGACCGCUACUUUGACUUGGAGUCCUACUUCACUCUUUGAACUUUCAGCCACCAUUGAUAUUUCAAGAGCGUCAUUUGUUUUUCAGAAAUCUCAUUUAACAAUCUCAAUUAUGACCGUAGCUAGCGCUAUCUUACUAAAAUCAAUGACAGCCGGCUUUGUCACUCUUCUGACACCAACACCCAUCAUGUUACGCCAUCAUAUGUCAGGCCAACAAAUUGAUUUAAGUUCAGCGGAGUUUGGAAAAUUGUUACACAAAGAGAUAGGCUGGGAUGAUGAAGCCUCAGCGGCUUCCUCUCACAUCGGAUAUCCCGGCGUGUUCAAGUUUAACGGAGCUGCAUAUUCGGUCCCUACUGGAAUCUUGGCUGUUGGUCCAAUGGGCUCAGUAAAUCACGAUCCACGUAAUAAUGGUCACUUGGUCGGAGACGACACUGGAGGUGAAAUGAAAAAGCUUUAUCAUGUCGAUGGAAUAGCAGAUGACACUGUCUUUAGCUCUUCAAUAAACUAUACAACUUUUCAAAUGGGAUUACGUGGAGGGGUCUCAUGUAAAGCUAUAGGUUCAUCUGGUUUAGCAAGUUCUCGUGCUAGAAUUCAACUAAAGCUGGUCAAACAUUGGGAAGCACCUUUGCCUCUUGAUCAAAGUUUCUCUAAUUGGGUUUGGAGCGGAGCUUGCCCAAAUGGAACACAAAUUGAUGUGCCCAUGACUACCUCCCGGUACAUCCCGGGACUGAGAAACAAGACAGCAGAGAUUAUGGGCCAAGCUGUUGCUCAUGUUUGCUUUGAUCAAGAUUUGACCGGUGCUAAAUCAACUGGAAAUCAUGUAUGUUCUUCAGUUCUCAUUUUGGCUGGAAACAGAUCACAAUACGAUUUCUUGAGGCCAACUGUGUGUGAAAUCCGACCAACGAUUGGGACUUAUCAAGUUUUCUACAAUUACCCAAGUGUGACGAUUAACCAAACUAGUUUUAAACCAACCCAUAAGAUGUCAGAAGAUACUCGGCUUCUCUCAAAGUACCUUGCCAUGUUGACAAAGGCAAUGGUUUCUAGCUCUCAAACUAUGUGGGCAAAUGCUUUUAGCGAUGAUAUCUAUUCAGUGUAUCAUGAUGCUGGUGCGUGGGUCGAGGAAGACAAAUUGGACACAAUUCUUGUACGUUUCUAG